CAGAAGCUUUGCGAUCGCUCACCUAAAAUCAUUACAAACAAUUGCUUAAUUCGGUUAGUACUCUGUUGACAUUCCUCAAGCGUAGCCGACGCGGUCUUAUCAUAAACGUAAACGUUUUUACUGUCGAUAGGGAAUAUUUUAGUGGUUCUAGACUUGCAUACAAUACCUCAUUUGUUAGCGGUUUACAAAACUCGUAUAACGAUUAAAAGCCGAUUUGUUUCUCGUAAAUUAAUUAUUUUUGUGCUGUGACUAUAAUUGCUCCGACUUUAUUCUCGUAUACUCGUACAUACAUAAAGUUAAACACAAAAUAAAACACGAAAUUGGAGUGCUAAUAAAUAGAACACAUAAAAAUAAGAACAAAUAAACAAACAGAAAUCAUCAGCAAUCUUCAUGCCACAAAGCUCUGUAAACUUGUGUUUGAUUCGAAAUGGUUAUUCGAAUCGAAAGCCGCAGCGCCAUCUACCGUCAUUGCCUGAAUGCUUUUUACCAGCUGAGAGCAUACACAAAAACAAAAUCAAAAACAGCUGGGAGCGUCAGAAGAUGGAAACCGAGAAGGAGGAAGCUAGGAAUUUGCAGGUGGAAUUCGAAUGGGUGCUGCGCGAGGAAGUGCAUACAAUCAUGAAACAAUUAAAAAAAAUAUUGGUGGAAUGUGCUCACCUUUUCCCUGUGCCGCUUUAUGCAAAUGAGGGAAAAAAGACUGAAAAGUACAUCAUGAAUGUUGCGCCAGAAAAACUCCGGGCCAUGGUUACUCUAACGGGUGAUAGCAUCAUACAUGCAGAUAUAAGUUUUAAGCUGGCACGGCCUCCACACCAACAGCAAAAAACAUUUAUAAAUCAGGACUCGCCGUGGAAGUUACAGCAAGUACAGGAUGCAGCAAACCAUCUUCAGCAAGCAAUCAAUCACAUCGAUGACGUAGAUGCAACCUACCAUUUCAAAACUUCCGACGAAGUAAUGAAUGUAGUUGGUAACAUACUAGAAGCAUUGCAACGAGCAAGAACUAGUUUGGUGAUACCAAAGAAAAAACCAAUUGCUGACCUGAUUAAAAGCCGUAAUAUGAAAUCCCUAGCCCCAAAUUUGUCGGAAGACUUAGCAGUCAGUUUUUAUCUUCAAAGUCACAAAUUAAUUAUGGCGGUUUAUCAAUUAAUUACAGUACAGGGCUCAAUGCGUUUUGAUUCUUGUCAAGCUGAGGCGACUGUGCAAUGGCUGAACGACGUAAUGCCUUUAUUGUGCGCCGGACUGAAGCUCUGCCAACAACUUAAAGACAAGAUCUCUGUGUUCUCAGUAUACAAGGAUUUUACUGUGGAGUCCCGCUCACCAUCAGCACUUUCCUAUUGACACUUAUAAAAAGCAACUGGUGACUGAAUUGGAAACAAAGCUAGGGAAACUUACAGAUCAUCACAAUUUCAAUACUGGAGACUUAGGAGUUAAUUCAAUUUGGCAACAUCAUGUGCAUCCACACGCCAGUUUCUGUAUAUAUUUGUUAUAUUGCUUUUGUUUGUAUUACUAUUUCAAAGCAUUUAUUUUAUACAGCUAUGAAAUUUGAAGAAAAAAUAUGAAACGUAUGCACAGUACACCACACAAAAGGCCUAAAACAAUAAAAAUGUGCCGAUUUUUUGUUCAAUUAACUAAUAACUACUCAUCAUAAUAUACAUACAUGUGUAUUCAUAUAUUUAGUGUGAGUUUAGCGUUGAUAAGUUUAUAAUUUUCUUAUAUUUUUAGGUUUUUAUUGAAAUAUUAUAUAUAGAUAUAUAUACCGUGACAGUACUUACAAUUUACUCGCCGUCUAGAAUUUUACAAAGAAAAUUAGCAGUUAAUACUACCAUUAAUGCCUUUUCUGCUUAAAAAGCAAUGAAGAAGAAAUAAAAUAUGCCUUUUGAUAUAUUCAGCUUUAGCGGUUAAAAUACACUUGCAUACAUGUGAGUGGGAAGUUCAAAUUGCUGUAAUUAUUGUAAUGAAAAUAUUGAAAAAUAAAUAAAAAAUAAACAAAAUAC